CGAAACGCCGCCGGGGACAAGUCCCGCCCCUUCCGUCCUCGCUCCUUUGCUCUUCCCAGCUCCUCCUUCCAACCCACGUGGUGCGGCUACUGCCGCACACCUACUGUUUGUGCUUUCCGUGCGUGGAGCUCUUCCAAAGGUUCCAGCCUGGGCUUAUCACGAACUCGUUGCCCAUGGGGAACCCCAAGAGGAAAGCCCUUGCGGAGAAGGGCGAGGCCUCCUCGGCUGGUCCUGCUAAGAAGCCUCGCGGAGAAGACUUCACCGGGCAGCAGUUUAAGGUUCAGCUUAAAGACCCUCAAACUAUGGUAUCAGCUUUGGAAACUUUCAUCUCCAUUGCCAAAAUGUUACCACAAACUGGGCUAUAUGAUGUCGUGGAAGGUUAUAUAAAGAUUUCUGUUGAGUGUUCAGAAAUUUUCCAGCUUCUAAGUGGAGAGAAAAGAACUGAACAUGAAAGGCUAUUAAUAUUUAAAGCUUUAGAAGCCAUAUUACUUCGAACAGCAGGUGACCUUUCUCAUUUUCAUGUUGUGGGAACCAAUAUCAUAAAAAAAGUUUUGAAUAGCCAUAUGAAGCUGAUUUAUGAAUCAUUGAAUCCUUCAAGCUACAAAAUGACUCAAACCUGCUUGAACCUCAUGUCAGCUAUGGUGGCACAGGGUCCAGAUGCUGCCAGGGAUUUCUAUAGUCAUUUUGACUUCAAUAAGAAAUCGUUGUAUGGUUUGGUGAAAAUAAGAAGUCCAAAGGGGCUACCAGAUAUUCGAUUGGCAUAUAUCCAGUUUGCACUUUCCUUCUUAAUUGCUGGUGAUGAUAAUACAAUUGCACGAGUAUUGGAAAUGAAAGAAUUCCUCCCUGUCAUUUUUAGUACUGGCUUGAAGGAAGAUAGAAUUUCUACUAUCAAUCUUUUGUUGUCCACCCUGGGAACCAAGGUGGUUCACAACAUUGGUAUCACAAAGACCCAGAAAGUUCGUUUCUUUACUGGGUAUUUGUUAAAUAAUGUGGCUUCUCUCUAUCGAUGGAAUGGAAUUGCUGAUGUCAGUACAGAAAAUGUCAAGCCUACUGAAGAAGCAGCCAAAACCAUAGUAAGGGAACUGGUUCAUAACUUCUUAAUGGAUCUUUGUUGUUCUCUGAAGCAUGGCAUUAACUUCUAUGACCCAUCUCUUGGUACUCUUGGCAGAGGAGGAAACUUGACUCUCCUGAACUUCUUACUGGGUUUGAAGACUGCAGUGGAUGAUGACAUGGUGGCUGAGCUUGUAGUAAAUAUCCUAAAAGUGUGCCCAGACUUACUCACCAAAUACUUUAAGGAGGUGACCUAUUCCUUCGUUCCAAGGUUGAAGUCAGCUUGGUUAAGCAAUAUUCGACUUCUGAGGAAGAUUUAUGAGGCUCAGCCAGAGAUUUCCCCAGCAUUUAAAACCAAAGAGUUUAUACCCUUGUCUAGAAUGCUCUCCAUGGUUAUGGUGACAACAGUUCCAAACGUGUGCAACAAAAUCAUGUUUACUCAAGGAUUAAAAUUGGAAAACAAAUCAGUAAAUCACACAGUUUUGUCACUUAUUUCCACCAUUUUGAAGAGAGCAUUAAAAAACAUUGAUCACUGUCUCAACAAGGAUGUAUGGCAGGAGUCAGGCAUCUAUACUCCUGCGAUGAUGGAGGAAUUUGUGCGUCUGUACAGAGAAGCUGUGAGCAAGCUUUUACCGGAUCUGAACAAUAUUGUAUGUGUGUGGCAAUCACUUGGAAAGCAAAAACCAAAUGAAGAUGGUGGGUUAGGGAAAAAAACCUCCCCUGAGGAUGAAAUCACCGAAACUAUAGAAGUAGAUCACAAACAUGAUGAUGCAGAAACAACUCUUUUGAAGGCUAUUUUGCUUCAAGUCAUCUGUCUUUACCAGAUGGUGGUUCCCCAUGUUGUUAUUCAGUGUACAUUUGAUUUCAGCAAGCUUCUAAAAGGUAUCAUUUCAGAAGAAGGAUUUCGAGAGGAAGUUCCUCCUGUCCUUCAGUACUACAUUCUGAAGGUGGCUCUGGAAUUGCCUGCCAACAAAUUUGUCUGGUUAAAAGGACAGGAAAGCCCAAGUGGUGGAGAAAGAUCUGUGUUUUACUUGCUGAUGAAAAUGUUUGUGACGAGUAAACACUCACAACUCAAAGCAUCAACGAAACUAUUGAUCAUGAAGAUUUUGCGAGACACUGGAGUAUUUGAGUACACAUGGAAGGAACUAGAGCUGUGGUUGGAGCAGUUGGAUAACAUAACUGAAGAGGGAAAAGAAGUAGUGAUUCAAUUUUUGGAAUGUGUUUUGUUGCACUUGGUAACAAAUCCCUAUUCAUACACAGACAAGGCAGCUGAGUUUGUUCAGGAAGCCAGUACAUUGCACGCAACUAUGAUGAAGCAAGAAGCUGAUAAUGUUAGCAUCCCUGUAUCCCACAUUGAUGAUAUCCUGGAUAUGGUGGAUGUCCUUAUGGAGGACAGUGAAGGCUUAGAUGAGGAAAUUGGGUUCUCAUUAAGUGAAGAUAUGAUCUUGCUGACAUUCCCAUUUAGUGCCAUCGUUCCUGCUGCUCUGGACAGCAGGAACAAAUUGCUCCUUGGGACUGAAAAUGAGUCAGGAGAAAGCGUGGUGUCCUAUCUGAUAGCAGUUCUGACAGACCUCCUACAUACACAGAGAGAUCCUUUGGCUCUUUGUCUGAUGCUUCAGUAUUAUGAUAAUUUACAACUUUCAAGCACAUCUUUGUGUGCUCGGCUUUACCAGUUCAACAAAUACUACAGCCUAUGGAUUCCUGAGCAAGCCAGAGAAACUUUGGAAUUUAAAGCAGCUAGACCUACUGAGGCGUCACUUGUGGUUGGCUCUGCCUUUUCCACUUUGUUAACAUCUACCUAUGAAAGGGGGAGCACCUUCCUCUUAGAAGAGAACAUCCAGGCGAAGCUGAUAGAAAGAAUUGCUCAGCUCCCAAUGCAGCAGAUUCUGCUGUCUGUGAAACAAGUGAUGCUAUAUCUUAGAACCACUGUGGAAAACUUUGCCAAGUUUGGUAAAACUUCAGGUCCUGCACUGCUUCAACUCUUCAUGAAUUUGCUCAGUCACCUGUUGAGCCAUUGUUAUCAGUUGGACACAUGUAACCAGCAGAAAUGUGAAGCUGUUCAGGCUGAAUCAGCUAUCUUUUUGGAUGAGGAAUCCUUGGCCACACUGGAGUUAGCCAAUGAUACGACUCUUGAAGAUGUGUUGAUGGUGAUCUUCAGACACCCCACCUUGGAGAGCUGGUACUUAGCCUUGGAGCAACAGACUCUUCCCUCACAUGCCCUCAAUCCAGUCUUUGUAAAACUUCUAGCAACUCACUUCAGUGCUGGGGUCCUCACAUUGCUAAAAGUGAGUGCACCAAUGCUGCGAGACAUGCAUCGCCUGGACAUCUUUUCCAAAUAUUCAGAAGCCAUUACUAAGAGUGUCUUGAAAGAACUACAGACUCUGAAGACAGGCUCUCCCACUGCAUAUGAGAAACCCUCUGCUCAGCUGGAAGCUUUGUACCAGUUGCAUCCCUACUUGGAUGGAGUCCAGCUUAGGGACAUUACACUUGCCUUCCUGGCCCUUCCCAAAUUGACCCUCUUGGCUCAGGGAUCUAAGAAAUCUCCCCAAAAAGGAAAACAUCUGAGCUUCCUUGGGGAGAUCCUCAAACAACUGAUCACUGGAUGUUACCAGGAACAGUCCCAGCAAGGAGAAUUACUAUUGUCCCUGGAAUAUGUAAAGGGGAUGAGUGCCCUGUUGCCUGCACUGGUCAUUGAAGAGCUGGAGACUGUGUUCCUCCAAGCUUUACAGAAAGACCCAGUUAUGGUCCAUGUGGUUGAGUUAGAUUUAUUGACCUACUGUCUAAAUCGUAAAACAAAAACUUGUCUUUCCAUUGUAGCUUUGUUGAUUCAGAACAGUAGUACGCACCUGCUACACUUUGAAUUGUGGUGCUUACAGGGACUAGCGCCCUGCCUGCCAGAAAACUUGAGCCUCUUUCUUCCACUUGUCCAUACCUAUUUGCAGUCUUGUAUGCAGGGAGACUUUUCACGUUCAUCCAAAGUGUCUAGAGGUGUCAUGAACGUGUUGAGAAAGGCCCUGUGGAGAGAGCUUCAAAACAAUCUUCUAGGAGAUGAUCCUCAGGGUCUUGAGAUGCAAGAAGUCCUUUCUAAAUUGGUUCCAUAUGCAAGAGCAAAGGAUUUUAAACUCCUCGUUGCCCAGCUGCCCAGCAUUCUUCAGAGACCAGAUAAAUUCAGAAGCUGGAUUGUAUCAGAUUCCAUAUCUCUAGUCCUGGAAAAAUCUGUGGAAGAGCUAGAAAUUUGGAAAAAGACUUUGUUGGGAUCGUGUAUAAAAUGGUUAACAGCCUCAUACAGUGGUAGUAACAAUGAAGAAAAAACCCAGGAUGCAGAGAAGUCCAUGUUGUCACGACUUAAUGAGUUAUUGCACUCAGUUAAUGAAGUUGAUCCUGUUGAUUGGCAGAAGUUUGUGAAGCAGGGGCUUAAGUUCCGCUAUCAGGAUUACACAUUUUUAAAGAUUCUACAUGCUUGUAUACAGCUCUUAUAUAAGCCUGAAAAUUCCCUUUGCAAAAAGUUAGUCCAGCUACCACUAAUGUACGUGAUGAUCACACAGCACUCUUUGUUUUUGCCAACCAUUUUGCAGUCGAAAGAAGAUGACACAAACAUCCAAGUAAAAGAAGUGUUAGUGGACCUAAUUUCAACUAUUGUAAAAAUUUGCCCUUCCGUCUGUGAAAGCAGCCACUUUGCAGUGCUCCUAGGAGGCUAUGGUGCAACCCUCAGCGUCCUAGAUCAGAAGAUACUGCUUCUUCUCAGAUUGUAUGAAAAGAAUGAUCUAAGCCUCAUAAACUUCAGAAUGCUUCUGUGGGGCCAUGCUGCUGUGGAACAUCACAAGACAUGUAAGAGCCUGGGAAAGUCACUGUGGCAGCAGCCAAGUGUGGGAGAAAUCUUAUGUCUCCUGGAUCGAGAGAAGAUGAUGAAGACCAUUCUUCACUUCCCGCAGAAUCGGAGACUUCUACUUAAGGAGGAUGCACAGGAUAUAUUUAAAGACAAAAGCAAAGUAGAUUUUGAUGAACUUUACGACCCCUGUUUUCUACUUCACCUCUUCAGUGAACUUACCAGACCAGAGUUUGUAGUGGAUUGUCAUAAAUUUGUUGAUUCCAAUGCCUUGGGCCUCACAGUUUCUGCCCUUAGCAGUUAUGAUCCUCAGAUGCGAGCAGCAGCUUAUUAUGUCCUGGCUUCCUAUUACUCCCACUUGGAAGGGGCUCGAUUUCGAGAACAGCCCCAGCUGCUCUAUCUAUUGGACGUAGUGCAAAAUGGAAUCAGAAAACAGAAUCUCAGAUUCACCUACUCCUUGACUCUUUUUAUUGCCAAGACUGCCUUGCAGAUUUUGAAACCAGAGGAGCACAUGUACAUGAAGAUAAACAAAUUCCUAUUGUCACAUGAGGAUUUGUACUUGAACAAAUUGCCGGGAUUCUAUAACUUUUUCUACAGCUCAGACUUAGAGUAUAGAAUAGAACAGGAGUGGAUAUUUGAUCUUCUGAGGCAAGGAAUUCGAGAUACACACUGCUAUGAUUUGUAUUCCUCUCAGCGGAUUUUCCAUAUCAUCCUGUCCUUCUUCAACAGCCCAUUGUGCGAUGAAACAAUGCAGAUCUGGAUUCUAGAAAUCCUACAGAAUGCUGCCCAGAUUACAAAAGCUGCCUUUGAAAUUGUGCAGGAACAUAGCCUUUUAACUUGGAUUUUGCACAUCCUUGGGAAAAAGUUUUUGGAAAACCAGGUCCUCUCCAACAUUAUAUCCUUGCUGCAUACUCUGUGGUUAUCCAACUUGGGGAACAAAAGGAUGGAAAUUCAGGAUGACCAUCCCUGUGAGCUGGUGGCUCCACAGUCACCAAAGCUGCUUCCUCUACAAUUUGUCAAUGAAUUCCUAUAUGUUAUGGUUGUGUUGGUGAGAUACCUUCGGCCCACCUUGGAUUCUGUCCAGAUCACUCACUUUUUUAGUACUUUAAACUCUGUGCUGAGGUAUCGAGAAACUGUUUUAGAAGCCUUCAAAGAAAUGGAUCGAUUGACUGUGAAUGAACAUAUAUUUUCUACCAAAGAUGUCCUUAUACUCUUGCAUAAGUGGAGCCUAAUUAUGGGAGAUAGUAAGCUCCAAGAAGACUUGAAAACAACGAUUGAAAAAUACCAAGUCAAGGAAUUAAUGAUUCUUCCUCUGAAUGUGGAUAGCGUUCUUUCUCAUAAGUCCCUCAGAAUUGUCCUGGAUCAUUGCAUUGCUGCUAGUAGAGAAGUCCAUUACUUUCGAUUGUGCCACAGUGUGUACACUCCGUGUACAACAUUUUCCUGGUUCUGCUCAUUUGACUCUGCAUCAAUUCCUGGAGGUCUUUUCCAGGUCACACAGAAAUCCUCCAGUUCAUUUUUCCUUUCAGCACAAUAGUAUUCCAUCACCAUCAGAUACUACAAUUUGUUCAGCCAUUCUCCAAUCAAGGGAUACCACAUAUUUUCCAUUUUUUUGCCACCACAAAGAGCACAGCUAUAAAUAUUUUUGUACAGGUAUUUUUCCUUAUUAUCUCUUUGGGGUACAAACCCAGUAAUGGUAUAACUAGGUCAAAUGGUAGGCAUUCUUUUAAAGCACUUUAGGCAUAAUUCCAAAUUGCCUUCCAGUACUGUGGGAUGGGCCAGCCUCCCAGAGGGGAUAGGGUCUUGGAGGUGGGACAGUGUCAGCAAAAUGAUCAAUGGGACACAGCUUUCACAUUCAACCCACAGCACAGAUUUCACAGGAUAAACUGCUCUGCCUUGGCUGAGGCCUGGCUUUAUUUUAUACCCUCAUGAUCACACAUCUAUUUGGCACACAAUUUCAUUCUCAACAUGCAUGUUUCCAUGGAAUCUAACAACAGACAGGAAGCCUAGGGAGAUAGUCAAUGAAACACUGUUGAUAAGGGCAGGAUCGGUGGGUAAAAUCAACAUGACCCAGAUAUAGGUUAGGGAAUUCAGAGCACAGAUUUGCCAGAAGUUUUUAUGUCUAGAAAAGAGGGUCCUAUCUAAGUGGUCUUAUAUCUAAGAUAUAAGAAUCCUUAGGUUUAUUUUUGUAAGUGGGCUCUCCUGGGGCAUCUGUAUUAACCCUGCAAGCAUGUUGCUCUCAUCUAUUUUUCCUGGGGCUAAGUAAGAAUAAUAAUCAUUGCAAUUCCAAUAAUAAGGGGAUGUUAAUAAUGAAAGUCACUUAGUGUAAUAAUUAAAAUAGUGGAAGACAUAAACGGAGGCAGUUAAAAGAGUGGAUGAGUAAAUUGUGACAGCAGAAAAUAUGUUUUCAAGACAGUGUCUUGGUUUUUUUUAUUUUUUUUUUUAAACCCUUACCUUCUGUCUUGGAGUCAAUACUGUGUAUUGGCUCCAAGGCAGAAGAGUGGUAAGGGCUAGGCAAUGGGGGUCACGUGACUUGCCCAGGGUCACACAGCUGGGAAGUGUCUGAGGCCAGAUUUGAACCUAGGACCUCCAGUCUCUAGGCCUGGCUCUCAAUCCACUGAGCUACCCAGCUGCUCCCCAGUGUCUUGUUUUAAAUCAAAUAUAAGGUGGUUGCCAGGGGAAAAUUCCCAAUUAUUAAAUAUACCCAAGUCAGCUGGGUUUUAUAGAGAUUUUAAUUAAUGCAAAUGAGGAAUUAAAGAAAAUGAGAGAGAAUAAGAAAGGAAUAAGUAUGAAGGGCCUUAGCCAAAAGGUCUAGACCUGAGUCUUAAGAGAGAGAUCAGUCAGUCUUUAAUUACUCACCACAAGAUCUGUCCAAGAAAGAAUAUAGACACCAGUUCAGCCAGCCAUCCUUCUCCAGAGAGAGAUUCUUCUGACUGUCCUGAGACUCAGCUUUUCCUCUCCUUAUAAAGGGAAUUUUCUCCUAUGUUACCUCCCCUAAGUUCUCCCAUCUACCAAUCACAGUAGAUGUUUUUCAAAGGACAGACCAUUCUUAGUUCACACCUAAGCAGGCUUAAAUUUUUGAUUAAGUUCACACCAGAAAACUUCUGAGUAAGUUCUCACCUCUUUGCUCCUUGUAAAUUCACAAGUUGUCUGACCUUUAUAGGUACUUAGCGCCCUUUUGUAUUAGAUCUAAAAAUAGGCACAGCUUAAGAACUUUUGUCUUACUAUAAGUAUGGGUUUAAGUAUCUUUCAUUAUUCAGCAAGGAGUUUCUUCCCCUAAAUCAGGCUUAAGUAGGGGUGGAGUAGAGAUCCAUUCCUGAUCUAAGUAGAGGUCUCACUUUCCUGAUCUAAGUUCCUUCAUUGUUAAAAUGGAGUAGGGUCUGAGAAUUUUUAAGGUUCACAUUAGGGGGGUUUCAGUGAGUGUUUCCAUUUUUUCCUGGGGACGGCUUUGCAGUCCCUGGUUUCCUCAUGGACCGUGUCAAACAGCGUGGUCUUUGAUAGCUCCCGGCAUCUCCCCCUUUUUUGUUUUUUAAUUGGAGUGACUUCAAUUCAUCUUGGGCUUUAUGUAGGGUAGAACCUAGCUAUAGAUGAUGCCUGUUAUGCAGUCAAUCAAUCUUCUACAUAUGUGACAUUCUACAAUUUGAUUGGAUAUUAUCAAAUCACCUAAACAACACUCUUGUGAUGUUACUACAACAAAGAAUUCUGUGAUCAUUUACUAGGUUUCUACAACACUCUGUGAUAGAUUUGAUUAAUGUGAAUAAAUCCAUUUGUAGGUUAGUACCCCUUGACCUGCUGAAAGGAUCAUUAUACUUUUGGUCAGCUUUCACUAUCAAUCAUAAUUGCUUGGGAAAUAAACAACAAAACAUCUUUUUAUCUAGGUGUGAGGACUUAAAGCAGACCAGUUUGGGGGUUUUCCUCAAUUUACAAGUUCUGUUUUUCUUGUGUUACUUUGAAGUGCCUAGCAAUGUUGCUUGGCUUCUGUUUCGACAAAUUCAUUGGAGUGUGAUAACUAUAGGAAAACAUUCAUUAUAGUACUCAAGCUUUUGACUGGUGUUUAUUAUAGGGUCUUGGAACGUGUCUUGUGCUUGAGAAAGGAGGGAUCAUGGGCAGUAAUCUUUGGGCUUUAAUUCUGUAAUUUCAAUC